ACAAGAAAUUAAGCCAGAGCCGUGGUGAUUUCAUUUGCAUCUCGUUUAAUUUCUAGUGCGCAUGAGCAGAAGAAUCGUGAUUCACAGUCGUUCUGACACGCUUUUGCUAUGCUCUGCCAUAGCGUUGGGUUCUCUCAGAUUUGGAUUGCAUCAGCUUUUGUAUCCCCCCUGCAGGAAUCACCUCGUCGGUGCAUUGUAGAGACGAACCAGCUUGAGAGUACUAGAGGAUAGGUUUAGAGUUUUGAAUUGUUAAUCUUAAACGCGUGUUUUAAUCAUAAAACCAGACGAACAAUUUUAUCGGUAGCGGUCGCUUGCAAGUUGGCCUGGAUCUUUACUCAAAGUCCUUGCAAUUGGUCUCCGUCUCACUUGUCAUGAUCUAGUUCCACAGGUCGCUGCUACACUGAAACCAGGGUCUGGCUCGUAGUACAAAUUGUUUACCUGUAACUUUCUAGCCGCAUGUUUUGUGGCGUCUGUUAACUUAUUGUGUGUAUUGGUAUGUCUUGGCGCAGUCGCCAGUUUGCGACACAGUUAACAACAGCCAGAGAUUUAGUGUGCCAUAGUUCAGUAAUCACUGGCCCAGUACCGAAGGCAUUAUGGAUUAUUUUAAGACGUACCGACGACCCUUCAACUGAUCUAACCCUUUCAGAUUCUUGAUUUUGAAGGCUCACUUAUCUGCAAGUGCUUCUUCGCUACGUGAUGCUACAGGACCCUUUUCCAUGUUGUACCUUUAUUCUGACGUGCAAGAGGUUCUCCGUUGAAUCCAAUACACACCACCUGCACGGCUAACGCUGAUUGGUAUUAAAUGAUGUCUGAGUUCCACUCCUCCGAGUUUCGUAACCUUCUUAAUAUUCCACCGGCAUCAAGUAUACACCCUGGGGAUAGUAGCAGAUUCAAUGACACGACGGCAUUUCAGUUUCUUCCCGGGGAACAGUACAUAAAUGCUUUGCACAGGGACUCAAAGCCGUUUAUGACCAGAGAUAACGACUUUGCAAGCCGGAUACAGUCACUCAUGAAUGGCGAAGUUGCUCUGGACAACAAUUUAGAACAUAACAGUGCAGGCCCAUCGUCAGGUUUCAUGAGAUUACCAGGACAAGCUCCGAAUGGAACAGUUUCCUCUCGAGAGCAGGUCGAUCACCAGCAUGAGCAGAAUACAGGAGUUCCAAGUCGCUACGAGGCGCAGAAGCGUCGGGACUGGAACACUUUUGGGCAAUAUCUUCGAAAUCAUCGCCCUCCUUUAGCUCUGGCAAGAUGCACCGGGUUGCAUGUGCUGGAGUUCGUGAGGUACCUGGACCAAUUCGGAAAGACGAAGGUGCACAUCGCUUCAUGCUCGUUCUUCGGACUGCCACAUCCUCCUCAUCCGUGUCCAUGCCCGUUGCGGCAGGCCUGGGGUUCCCUCGACGCUCUGAUUGGGAGGUUACGAGCCGCAUUUGAGGAAAAUGGGGGAAAACCAGAAAGCAACCCUUUCGGGGCGAGACAGGUGCGGCUCUACUUACGAGAGGUGCGGGAGAUGCAAGCGAAGGCGAGAGGAAUUGCGUAUGAAAAGAAAAAGCGAAAGAGGAUUCCACCACCCUCUGAGCUUGGAGGAAAUGGAGUGAAUGUUGGGAUGAUUGUGAACAUUGGAGCCGGCGGCAUGAGCAAUGGCAACGUUCAUCCUCUCCCAGCACAGCAGUGAGUACAAUGCUCUGAUCUGCGAAACAGCGAAAGACAUACUCAUGAAACUAGGCAUCAAUGAAGGGUAGUGUUCGUCCACAGAAGCUGAAGAUUAUUUCUUAAUCACUAACUCAAUAUCCGUGGUAAUUAUCGGGGCUGGUUCGAAUCGGCGAAGACAGAUCGAUCUUCAAUGUUGAUAGAGAAAGGCGAACAUUUGAAGACUCCCCUGUGAAUCUGUAGAUAUGGAAGCAUGUUUACUUUAAGUUCCCAACUCAUAAUCCUCCAGCUCAGUCUAGAUAUGCAGGUUUGUUUUAAGUCUUCAUGCGCAUGCACGCUAUAAGUCUGUAUAGGUUCCGCAAAGUGCAGGUGUGAUUGUAGAGUUCACCUCUCUUUCUGUGAAUACAUCUGGUAGUUCGAUUCACCUACUGUAAAGAGUCGACCCGUUCAACUUCAUCACCAAUUUUGGAUUAUUACUGAGGCAAUCUAUUUCUAGCUCUUCGUUUCAUCCAUUUCCAAACUGACCCUUGUCCUCUUGGAUAGUACUACUAGAUAAAACAUGCAGAAGACUUGGCCGCAGUCGUUCAUAAUGUCAGGGAGGUAGACAGUGUAGUGUGCUAGGAUAACCCUGACAAAAGGGAAUAUCUACACGAGUCGCACCACUUCCUAUCAUCUUCUUCAUCUAGAUGUGGAGUUGUGAGGGUCGUGAUCGUAAAAUUUCCAAUGAUGAGAACUUUACUCACUUGCCCUGCAGGGUCAUGAACAUACAAUUUCUCUGAAGAUUUUGCCUUCA